CCAACCGAUUCACUACUAAACCACCACUACUAUGGAACCAUCAUCACCAAGUCUUACCAAAGUAUUUGGCGAUUUUUUAAAUCUUCAAGAUGUUCUCACAAUAACCUUGAUGGGUGCCAAAGAUCUAGUUCCGAAAGAUAGAAAUAAUCUCUCUGAUCCAUAUGUUUUAACAACAUAUCCUGGUUUUUCCCACAAGUCAAAAGUCAAACCAAAAACUCUUGAUCCAAUUUGGAAUGAAACAAUACAAAUUCCACUAAUUGAAAAUUCAAAUGAAGGUAUUAAUUUUAGAGUAAUGGAUAAAGAUAUGAUUUCCGAUGACUUUGAAGGUGAUUAUAUUCUCAAAUUGAGUGAAAUUUCAAAUUUCAAUGGAGAAAUUAUGGAAUUGCCUUUACAAAAUAUAGAAAAAGGAUUUUUACUCAUUUCUUGUACAUUGAAAUGUUAUCCUAGACCAAACAUUCAAAAAACUUCCAUUCCUAGCUCAUUUAAAGAUAGAGAAGUAUUCUUUAAAUGUACUAGAAAUUCAUGGCUGUUAGGAAUUAUUAAAUAUCCAAUGUCAAGAACUGAGAUUGGAAUUGAAGUAGAUAAGACACUAUCAAAGAAUGCAUCUCCAAGACAAUUAAGUAAUAAGGAUCGUUGGACUGAGUUUAAAUUGGAAGAUCACUUGUUGGAUAUUGUUACUCCUUUGGAAACUUUCUUGGAAAAUCCAGCAUUUGUUGAUAGAAUUAGAGUGGAGCUCAUAACCUACUCUGGAACGGAGGCAACUGAUGUGAGGGAAGCAUGCGAAACUCAUUUGGAAUCAACCAUGACAAAGUUCAAGAAGGGGUCUUCAUGGAAGACAAUUAACAAUAAUUCCAAGUCAUUUGAAAUGUUGAAUGGAUUUACAGGAUUUAUUACUUUGAAGAAUAAGGGAAAGGAGCUAAAGGUGGCUGUUACUGGAAAGAUGUAUGCAAUUUUAAUUGGACACAAUUCCAUACUGACCUAUUCUUACUUGUCUAAUUGUGCUAGUCCUUAUGAGUCAUCAUUGGAAGAAUGUGUUUUCAAAUCAAUGCCUCCAAAAGAAUCCACUCUAUUCACCUCUCUAUACUGUGACAUUGCUGAUUCUCUGUGGUUGAGACACCCAUUUGGUUGGGUCUAUCAGGAAAAGGACUAUUCUGAAUUGAGCUAUCUCUAUUCUCCAGUUCAUAUCAAAAAAUCAGCUAUUGAUCAAAUUAUUGUGGAACAAAUUACCAAUGAUCAAUUCAAAUCAUUAGAAGAUCUUUCAAAUCAACAUUUAAAUCAUCUCACUUCCACACUUAAGAAUGUCAUGAUUAUUAGUCCUGUCAAGAAACGUGAAAGAUUCAAUCCAUCACUAACUGUUUCAACAACCAAUAUUUCUGGAUCCAGAUUAUUUUAUGAAUUUGAAAUUAGCUAUCAAAAAGAAGAUACCACACUCACAAGAAUCGUCAACCUUACAACAACUUUUGGAAGAAACUUUUGGUUUCUCUCCUAUGAAACCUCAACAAAAUCCCAAAUCAAUAAGGAUACCUACGAGUGCACUAUUUCACAAAUUCGUUUCGAUGAAUCAAAGAAAGAAUAA